AUGCCUAAGUUGAUACCUGUUUAUAAUCAAGAAAAAUCGCUGAAAGAACAGGAUGAUAAGGAACUAAUUAAACAUAGAAAUUGGGAUUAUGCCCAUAGUUUGGUAAAAUUAAAGAAUGAAGACGGCAUAUGUGAAGAUAUUUAUGAUAAUAAGCCUUACUUGAAGAAAAGCAAAAACCUAGUUAAGAAUGAAAAGGGGUUGUGGGUACCAAAAAAGAGAAAAUAUGUGGAAGAUAAAAUGGAACAGGAUAAAAAUAAAAAAACAAUAAAAGAAGAUAUAGGACAUAAAGAAGAUAAAGUCUAUAAUGGAGAGAAAGGAGGAAAAGCAUUACAGGAUAACAAAAAAUAUUAUGGACCUAAUAAACAAAAUAAAUCUAGUAGUUAUAGCUCUUCAAUUAAUUCAGAUUAUUCAACAAGUUAUUACAAAAAUAAAAGAAGAAAAAAAAAAAACAAAGAAAAAAAAAGGAGAUCUCCCAGUAGUUUAUCUUCAUUUGGAGUUAGUAAUAGCACGAAUUCUGUUAGCGAAAGUAUGAGUUUAAAAGACAUUUCUUCAAAUGCAAAUAAUUAUCGAUCGAGUAAAGAUUAUAAAAAGAUUACAAUAAGUAAAAAAAGUAAAAAUUGUAAAAGUAAUAAAGAUAUUGAUCAAAAAUGGAAAGACAACAAAAAUAAAAAAAACAAGUUAAUAAAAAAAAUAAAAAAAAAAUGUUCAAGUGGGAAAGAUAAUACAAGUGACCCCCCAGAAAUGACUACUGAAAGUGAAAAUUCUGACUUGUCAUCUGAAGAAUUAAAAAAAAGGAGAAGGCAUUAUGUAGAUUCGAUUGACACAAUAAGCAAUAAAAAUGUGCAUCAUCAUAACACAAGUGAUAGCAGCACAGGUGUUCACAACGGAAGUAAUCGGAACAAAAGUUAUAGCAACACGAGUGACGAUAACUCAAGUGAUGGUAAAGCAAGCGAUAAAUUAUCUUCCUUGGAUAGCGACAUAAAUAAACAGAAGUAUAAGAACAACUCAAAAUUUUGGGAAAAGGAAAAUAGAAGUCAUAAAAGGAAAAAAAAAAUUGAAAAUGAAAAUGUUUAUGAUAAAAAUGUAACAUCUUCAAAGAAUAAGCAUUCUGCAAAAAUAGAUGAAAUUGGAGAUAAAGAUAAAAAAAUGCAGAAGGGGAAACAAAAGCCUGAGGAAAAAGAAUUUGAAGAAGAUUAUAAACGUGAACAUGACGAUGAGAGUGAGCAUGAAAUUGAAGACAUGGACAAUGAUGAGGACGAAGACGAAGAUGAAGGGAAAAAAAGGGAAAGUAAAAGCAAAAUUAUAGAAGAUAGAAGUGUAGAAAAAGAAAAACGUAAACACAAGCAUAGACACCAUGGGGAAAUUAGAAGAGAUAUUAUCAGGGAAAGAGAAAAGAGACACAGAUUUAAAAGCUAUAGAUAUUAUUAUAGAACAGAUAUAAAAAAGGACAAAAAGUACUUAAAUGAUAGAAAAGAUAAGUAUAGAGGGAAUGAAAAAGGAAAUAAGUCGUAUUUAUUAAAAAGUGAUGAAGAAGAAGAUUAUAAGCAUGAUAAUAAAAAAUAUUAUAAAGGAGAAUCUUAUAAUCCCCAAGACAGAAACGAUAAAAGAUGGAACUAUGAAAAUAAUUAUAAACAUUUCAGUCAUAAAGAAAGAUAUAACCAUUCAGGUAGUAGACAUAUGCAUUCUAGAAAAACGCAGUUAAGAGAUAAUUAUCAUUACGAAACUGUGGAAGAUAUUAAAGCUAAUAAUAUUACUAAUGUUCAAGAAGUGCCUGUAAAUAAUCGGGAAGACAGUGCACACAUAGAAAACAAAAGUAAAGCAAAAAGCGGAGAAUUAAUGCGAAUAGACGAUAAUGAUGUAAAACAUUUAAAAAGAGUUGAAGAAAUAAACAAAAAGUUUCAGGAAAAAUUAGAAGAGGAAAAAACGAUGCAAUCGUUAGGAUUACCUCUUGGUUUUGUUUAA